AUGUCUCCGUCUCCAGAGGCCUCCAGCAACAUUCGAGUCUUUAUCCGCUGGCACGACCAAACCGUUUUUGCCGGCGAGGAAAUCAAGUGCACCAUCACCUUCAAGAACAUUGCUCGCGAUUCUUCCCAACCACGACAGCCCCAGCGACUCGCACCCCCCGACCGGCCUAGGCAAGUCUCGCCGCUGCUGCGAGGCAAGCCCAGCACCGGCCUAACCCCGCCGAACUCUGCUCAAACCCGCGGUCACCGAUCUGCCCUAUCCCUCAACGUACCGGCAGCCCAGUCGCGUAGCCGCGCAGGCUCGAUACCAUGGCCCUCAUCACACCCCCCUAGCGCCCUCGAAAAUCGCGGCAACGGCCACAGGAAGUCCGUCUCCAUUGUGUCAAUUGGCUCCACAAGCACAAUACCCGACGACAACCAGAGCAAUGCCAGCUCUGUGAAGGCGCAUCGGCCUGCUCGCGGCCACGCGCGAGCUUCCAGUCUCCAGAUAGUCCCUCGCGGAGCUGCUCUGGGUCUGGGGCUCACCGCGCCUCAGUCUGCAUCACCAAGGCACAUUAGCUCGCCUUUGUUCAAUUCAACUUCCGCGUCCGACACACCUUCUGCGACCUCGCGAUCCUCCACGUCACCGAAUACCCCCAGCGCGGAAGGCACACAACGCCCCGUGAGAUCCCCCAACAACGCGCUGGCGGAAUUUCGGUUCCCAAUGGUCCAGUCUCCGGUAUCAGAUACCCAAAGCACACCUAUAGCAGAACAUCACGACGGGCUGCUGAGCCCAAACUCUGAAGUGCCUCCGAGCCUCGCUAUACGAUCCAAAGAUGGCAUCCCUACCAACUACAACGAGCAUGCGACCCCAGCCAUGCGUAUACUGUCAACGACAAGUAUGGGAGGUGGCACACCGCGUAGCAGUGGGGAGUUUUACUCGAUGAGCAACAACUCAACAGAGACACUGGCUUCCGAGUACCCAAUGCAGCCCACAAGAGGUCCGAUGCGCCCGCCGCACUUUCGACGGUCUUCAAACCUCGCAUCCCACCAUCCAAAGCAACCGGAGUCGUUGAUGAUGGGUUACGCCCAGAUCCAGGGCUCAUUCACCCUCGACGGUUCGCUCAUUAACCUGGGCCCCUUUGAGCAAGUCAAACGAAAGGCUGUCGUAGGCGGCCAAGGAGGUGGUGUCAUUGGAGUGGAAUCUUCGAAGCGGGACAGUGGACUCCUUCGAAAUUUCGGCUGGGGGAGCAUCAGCAACUCGAUUGGGGAGUUGCUUGGAGCCGGCGAGGUCAGCAGCAUCAAAGACAUGCGUGGCAUCGCGAGCUCCAAGUCCGUCCCGCUGCUCUCGACUCCUCAGUCGAUUCUCUUCGUGGAUCUGAACCUUGCUCCCGGAGAACAUAAAGCUUUCGAGUACUCAUUUCAGCUCCCCAAGGGACUGCCACCGACACAUAAGGGAAAGGCGGUGAAAAUCUCCUAUAACUUAGUUAUUGGCACGCAACGAGCAGGCGGCUCCAAAGAGCAGCAGGUACGCUCCGUCGAGAUACCCUUCAGGGUGCUGGGUAGCGUGAACAACUACGGAGAGAUCUUAGGCCACGAUCUCAUGAACCCCUACAUUAUCCUCCGCGACCAGGCAAAGAUCAAGGCCGUCGAUAAGCUGUCGACACUUAACGAGAUCAAGAAGCUGAAGACACCGGUAGCGGAUACGACCAUCAACGACUUCCUCAUCUACGUCGACGAACUUCUCACGAGACCGCGUCAAGGUUCUAGCGCGGGCCUGCUCUCUCCCACAGCGUACCCGGGGUCUCGACGGCCAUCGAUGUUUGAAGAAGCCACGACCGCCACGGAGGCCAUCAACCUGGCCAUCAUGCGCAGUAACAUGGCAUCUGAGGGCCAACAAAGUCCCAAUCGUUUCGAGAUCGCCCGCAACGGACAGCGCGUCGGCGUUGUCAUGCUCACGCGCCCCUCGUACCGUCUAGGUGAACCCGUUACUAUGGCCAUCGACUUCACCGACGCCGAGAUUCCCUGCUACGCAGUCCACUCGUGCCUGGAGUCCGCUGAACGAGUCGAGCCCCAUUUGGCCAUCCGCUCGGAGGCCUCCAUCCACCGCGUGACGCGCAAAGUCCAUGUUUCUGCCUCGGAGGCGACCCUCUACUCUCGAAGGAUGGUCUUCACGCCAACCAUUCCCAUCAAUGCGACACCCGAAUUCGUCACGACGGGCGUGUCGCUCGAGUGGAAGAUCCGCGUCGAGUUUGUGGUGCCGAGUCAGGAGACGGAGCUUGAGCGCGAGGCACCCAGCACGCACCCGCUGCUGGAGGAGAUAUCGCGGGACGAGCGGGGAGGCCUGGUCCUCGUGGCUGUCGAGAACCUAGCCUGUGAGAGCUUCGAGGUGGCGGUCCCGCUGCGGGUAUACGGUGCCGUGGCGACGGGGCUGGAAAAGCUGGAGAGGGACGACGCGCUAGAAGAGGGCCUCGUGGUUUGA